AUGAUUGUGUUUAUUUUCCUGGCUAUGGGACUCAGCUCAGAAAAUAAAUCUGCUUUUCCAAACAACGACUGUGCAUAUCUAAGGCAGCAAUGCCUCCGUGAUGGAACUCCAUGUAAACAUGCUUGGAGAAUAGCGAAAGAUGCCUGCAACAUUUCAGAUCCUGGUGACUCCUGUGCGGUAACUGAUUUAUCACUCUGUAAUUUGACCAUCCAGUCCUUGGUGGAAUGCAGUUUCCAGUUUAAACAGUGUGUCUGCACUGACGACCUUUAUUGUACUCUGAACAAAUUUUUUGGAAUAAAAUGCAUCAGUAAGUCAGAUAACAUCAAAGAGGACAAAAAAUUCAAGUAGAACCUAAUUACCCCUUCCCACCAUGAUAAUUUUAUGAAUUAUUUUAAAGGGAUGCCCUCCUGUCUGGAAAUCAUGGAGGCCUGUGUUGGUGACGUGGGCUGUAAUGCACACUUGGCCUCUUACCUUAAAGCAUGCUCAGCCCAGGGAAGCCUGUGCGAUCGGGACCACUGCCAGACGGCCACACAGUCCUUCUAUCAGAGCGUGCCAUUGAACGUGGCCCAGAUGCUGGCCUUCUGUGACUGCGCGCCAUCGGACACCCCAUGCCAGCAAUCCAGGGAAGCUCUUCACAGCAGACGCUGCAUGGCAGACUCGGGCCCACCCCCUACCUGCCUCAGUGUCAUUCGCAGCUGUCGUGAUGAUGAGUUGUGCAGGAGGCGUUACAGGACAUUUCAGUUGAAAUGCUGGCCCCACGUGACUGAAAAGUGCCAUGAAGAUGAGACCUGCAUUGGCACUUUAAGCAAACGGGAUGUCACAUGCUCCGGAAGUGAGGACUGCACAGCCGCUUACAUUGGCAUCCUUGGGACAGUCCUUCAAGGCCGGUGCACAUGCAGGGGCACUGCACAAACUGAAGAAUCUUUGUGCAAGAUUUUUCAGCAACUGCUCCAUAGAAAAUCAUGUUUCAAUUAUCCAAUCCUUUCUAAUGUCAAAGGUCUUCCAUUGUACGAAAGAAAACAUGCGAAGGAAAUCACUUUCACUGGAUUCCACUCUCCCAUCAAUGGAGAAGUCAUUUAUGCUGUCAUGUGCAUGACAGUCGUCUGUGGAGUCCUCCUCCUGGUUAUGCUCAAACUGAGAAUUUCCAGAAUUUCAAGUCAAACGAGGAAUCCAUCACCAAUCCAAAUAUCUGGAGGAAUCAUCAUUCACUAAGAGUCGUGGAUUGUCAUGUAUCACUUUUUCAAAGCAAAGAUUUUAGCCAGUCAACAUGGUAUCACAGGCAUCACUAAUAAGGAAAUGUUUAGGGUGGACUUCACGAUAUUAGGUCAUUAAAUAGAAUAUCAUGAGGUAUAUGUAUGGCAUGAUGAUCAUAGACUCCUUGUUUUUCUUACAAAAAUAUUGAAGUAAGUAAGUAUGGAAGAUCUUUUACAAUACAAAUAGAGACUUGACGUUUCAUUUGAAGACAAAACAUGUUAUCCAAACUUACAGUUUUUUCAUGUAUGAAUGUUGCAUCAUAAUUUGACAUUAUAAAGGUUUUUUAAAAUCAUUUUUGUAGGUUUCAACUAACUUUCAUAAAUAGAAACAUUAGUAAGAAAUAUCCACCAUGUAUUAUUUUUAUAUUCUUACCUAUUUUCAAAUCAUUAGCUGUAUAAUUAGCUUCAGGUUCCUAAAUAUGUUUGGUUAGAUGUGAUUAAUAAUCAACAAGGGCAUUAGACAUUUUAAAUUUGAAAAUUGCUGAAUUUUUCUUUUUUAACUAGAUGUUUUUAUACCCAUAAAAAACUGUUAAUUGAGAAAAAUCAGAGAAAGUUACAUUAACUAAGAAAAUCCAGUGAGCAUUUCAGUAAAGAUACAAAUUGUUUAGCAACUGGAGUUUUCUGUGGUAAACACAAUAACUUGUACAAUGACAAAGCAACACCUUACUUGCUAGUUUUUACAUUGUUUCUAAACGGUUAAUUUGACUUCAAAACAUAAUUGUAAUUCAAACACUGAGUGAAAGAUAUUCAUUAGCUAAAUUAUCUAUAUUUAAUUAUAUAAAAUAUA